AUGGCACAACAAGGAAGUGAUGGAAUUGAUUCUUUCUUCUCCUCCGCAAACUUCCUCUCUAACUUCAAGUAUACUUCUUCCUCUCAUCAAGAUGAACAAUUAUCGACUAGUAGACAAUUUUCUGAUAACUAUUUAUCCUCCUCUACCAUCAUGAUGAAUAAUAAUAACAAUAUGUGGUUCUCCUCCAAACCAGCUUCAUCAUCAAACUUUUUCCUUUCCUCCAAUCAUCCUUCUUCCUCUGUUAGUACUUCAUCAGCAAUGAAUUCACUGCAACACCACCUCUCCUCCACCUAUCCUAUAGCCCCUAUUUCGAGAUCAUUGUCUGAUAAUUCACUCAAAUCAACUCCACUCUAUCAAUCCAACAAUAAUAACUUUUCACCCGAAUCAUCCAAGAAGAAGAGAAAACGAUGCGAUGAAGAGUACGAGAAUGAUGAGAUUGAGUACGAUCAUUCUACUAAUAACAUCAAUAAUUCUAUUGAUUUGAUGAGAGAGGCAAUGAUUCUUCCAACCAUCAAUUUCCAUGACAAUAUGAUGGAAGAGAGUAAUAAUAAUAAUGGAGAGGAUCAUGAUUCGAGUAUGUUCUUUCCACAAUCAUUCAACAUGUUUGGCAAUGUGAAUAGUGGUCUGAUGCAAUUUUCCUUGCAGCAUCAACAACAUAAUGCAUUUCCAUUGUUUGAAUCGGAAGAAGAUAUGGUUACGAGUGCUUCAUCUGCUACUGGUGGUGUAAAGAAGAAUAGAAUGUCUCCACAAUCACACCUGAUUGAAUUCAUUCGGGACAAUAUUAUGCAAUACUUACUGUUUCAUCUCAAGCUUGAUAUGAGACAGACCAUUUCUGGUGAUGUGAAUAAUAGUGAGGAUGUCAAGAUGAGUGAUGAUUCAACCUCCUCCAACACUACUGGAAUUGAACAGGAUGUUGUCGAUAUUACCAUACCUGUUGGUCUCUUGUUAGACUAUAUUGUACAACAAGCCCAGAGAUUGUAUUUUAAUAUGUAUGAAUAUAUUAGAGAGCUUGCAUCCUCCUCAGUCAAACACCAAAGUAAAUCAACAGAUAAUCAAAAAGAGAUUGAGCUCUCACUUGCCUGUAACGAAUUCGAAAAGAUGGUUAUUGAGCAAGUCCAUUUUCUCCUCUCCCAAAUCCAACUCAUGAGAUCCACAAAUCAAUCCAAUGAUACUCAAAUCAUUCCAAUGCUCAAAAAGUAUGACAAGAUUUUGCCAAAGAAUUUUCACACAUUACGAUUGGUUAGCAGCACUAAUGAUGACAGUAGUAUAGGGAGUAAUGCUGAUUCGUUCACUCUAGAGGGCAUUGUGGACGAAUCAUUUCUCUUCAAAUCAUCCAGCUCCUCUCCCUCCAUUCAUAGAUCAUCCUUUGCACAAAACUUUGACGACAUGAAAACCAAUUCCUCCCUUAACGAUAUUUCCUCACUUCUCCUCAAUACCAAGUUUAAAUUGUUUUAUUAA